CUGCCGGGAGAGCGGGCCGCCAGGGGGCGCCACAUCCGGGGCGAAGACGGCACCGCCAUGGCGGCAGCGUUCAAAACUGUGGAACCAUUGGAAUAUUACAGGAGGUUUUUGAAGGAGAACUGUCGGCCUGAUGGAAGAGAGCUAGGUGAAUUUCGGACAACCACUGUCAACAUAGGUUCAAUUACAACUGCAGAUGGUUCUGCCCUGGUGAAGUUAGGAAAUACCACAGUGAUUUGCGGAGUAAAAGCGGAACUUGCUGCACCUGCAGCGGAUUCUGCUAAUAAGGGAUAUAUUGUUCCGAAUGUCGAGCUGCCAUCCCUCUGUGCUGAGAGGUUUCGCUCUGGACCACCUGGUGAAGAGGCUCAAGCAGCAAGCCAGUUCAUUGCAGAUGUGAUUGAAAAUUCACAGAUGAUAGUGAAAGAAGAUCUGUGUAUUGCCAAUGGCAAGCUUGCGUGGGUGUUAUACUGUGAUAUCAUAUGUCUGGAUUAUGAUGGAAACCUUCUGGAUGCCAGUGUCUUUGCUUUGUUGGCAGCAUUAAAAAAUGUGCAAUUGCCAUCGGUUACGAUAAAUGAAGAAACUGGUUUAUCAGAAGUUAAUUUAAAACAGAAGAAUCCUUUGAUUAUCAGAAAGCAUCCAGUUGCCACAUCAUUUGCUAUAUUUGAUGACACGCUACUCAUUGUUGAUCCAACUGCUGAAGAAGAAGAUUUAGCAACUGGAACAGUAACCAUUGUAACUGAUGAAGAAGGCAGGCUGUGUUCUGUCCAUAAACCAGGUACUUCUAAAUUUACGACAAAGAAACCUAUGGGAGAUGAUGGUAUUAGGUCAAGCAAAGAUUCUGUACCUGCUUUGCCUUGUGAGAUACAUGUGCUUUGUGGUAACAGAGUGUCUGCUUAAAUAGUCAUAAAAUUACCUGGUCUUGAAAGAGUUUUAAGAUGGUGGGUGGCAUGCUAAAGUUCAAAAAGCAGUCACAGCAGAGGAUUAAUUCUGAGCAUGUCUCCUGUUACAGCUCUUGUUUGUUUCCAUUAUCUUUGCCUGAAGCUAGGGUUGGGAAAGCUGUAUGCUCCCCACUGAAAGGUGCUGGUAAUGACAAUUACUGUAUUAAUACUCCCAUUUGGAAAUCACAGUUAGAUAAAUAACUGAAGUAUAAGUAGAAAAUCAAAUUGUUCUCUUCAAU